AUGAAAGACAAGUCAAACCUGACAAACGACGGAGGCGCCAUGUUGCUAAAGAAAGCUAAUGUCGGGCCAAUGUUCAUUCUCUUCGCAAUUGCGCAUGGCCGCAAAGACAUUCUUCCACCAAAGAUCUCCAUUGAGGAGUUCAAGGACUUAAUGGAGCACGCAGAGACGUAUGAGCUUAGGAACUGUGUGACGCGAAAGAUUGUUGAGAAUUGGUUACCCCAGCAGCACGAAAGGGAAAGGCCUGAGUCCGAGGCCAAUGUUGUCUGGACCGCCUGCAUUGCCAGAAAGGUCGGCGUCACGGAAAUCUACCACGAGACGAUUGCCAGACUCGCCCUCGGGUAUUCAGAUCUUAGCAACGAUGAAGCAAAUGUGCUGUCUGUGUGGGUGAAAAUUUACCCGGAAAUUCUAGACGACGUAAAGGAAUUUCGCCGAGCAGGCAUUUCGGCCACAAGAGGCCACCUUCUCAAGUUUCUAGACGCCGACUCAAAGGACAAAAUCUGUAUACACGAAGCAGCAUCCAAAGAGCAUCGCGAGGAAUGCAAUUCCAAAAUCGUUAACUCCUUGGAACAGGUUCUCAAGUCGGACGGACCUAAGUUCCCUGGCCUCGUCGAGGGAACGCCGAAUCAAGAAGGCUUCGUUGAUGAAAGAGGUCAAUACAUCGGGCAAAUUUUGAAGACAAUGUACCCCGCUAUCGAGGGCCACAUGUCUUGUGAUCCUGUCUUUAGGAUCUAG